AUGAAGGACUUGUUCUUGGAAUCAAAUACCAUGAUAAAUAGGGGCGGACUUGAGUCUAUCCGUAAUGUAUUGGCGCCUGCCGAGGGCGAAGAGAAAUCUAUCAUUUCUAUGGCAAAUGGUCCUCGGCUUGCUGAUUGGCUUAUCUGCCACUAUGGCCUAACCGCUAUUGCCGCGGUGCAUGCCAACGUUGAUGUCACGAACGGAAGAGGAGAAACGGCGUUACACGCCGUCAUACGGGAUGGAAAAGAGCAUACUAUACAGUCCUUGAUAAACGAUGGUGCAGAUGUUAACGCUAGCGAUCUGGACGGUAUUACACCAUUGAUGCGAGCAGCGAAAGGUUCUAUUUCCCCCAUCGACAUCGCUUGUCACCUUCUAAGCAACGACGCAAAUAUCAACACCAAAGAUAUCCGCAACAGAACAGCUUUGCACCAUGCCGCGGAGCGUGGGAAUAUUCUAUUAGUCUGGGAACUGUGCAUGAGUGGGGCAGAUAGAUAUGCUAAAAACCUCGAUGGUCUUACUCCGGACCAGUGCACUGGCCAUGGGCUUAUAGCCAGGCUGAUUAAGAGAUGGCCACAGAGGACUUUGUGA